GGAGGAACCGUGGAAGAGAGGGAUCCGAUGAAAGGGACCCACUUGCAGAGUCACAGAGGCGCCGCCGUUUCCUCCCCGCAAGGACUUUGCCGAAAGCGAAAGCAGAUCACAAGGGGAGAGGAGACCGUCACCAUCAGGGCUCACGCCUCCGGCACCUGCGCUCUCCCUCUCCCUUCCCGGCUGUGUGUCGGGAGCACGGCGGGGAGGAAGCGAGCGCGCCGCCGGCCGGGUCUCGGACGCCUCCGCCUUCCGCCUCCCGAUAAUCGAGUUCUAUUUUGUCAAGUACUGCAUAAUGCCUAUGAUAGCAGCAACUCUUCGCAGAGCGUCUAGAGCAACGGUCAGUCAGAAUAUCAUGGAGAUAUGUGUUGGACCUUGUAUAUCUUCUGAUGCUUCUUUAAGGUGGUUCAGCAGCUGUACUAAGCACACAAACACUUCCAUACUUAACCAUAUCAAGGUAAUGGAUCGGUAUUCUCCAGUUAAUGGUGUGUCAAUGAUCAGUAGGAUGCCUUCUUCAGCUCAUAUGGACACCAGUUGGUCGACUACUUCAAAGCCCAGAUUUAAUGCGUUGGCAGGAUUCUUGGGUGCUUCAAGCAUCUGCCGAGCAUACUCCUCAGACACUGGGAUCAAGGCAGAAGUUCCACAUAAUACUGUCUCAAAUGUAUCUUCUGCAGAAACCGUUGAGCUUGGAACUCCUGGUGGUGGUAGUUCUUGGUUUGAUAUCUUGGAGAAUGCUCGCACAUCUACUCUAGAAGCUACUACUGACGCAGGCAAGAAAGUUAAGGAUUUGACAGAUGCAAUUACACCUCAUGUACAGCAGCUCUUUGAUGCAAAUCCGAAUCUAGAAAAGGUUGUGGUUCCACUUGGUGGGACGAUCCUUGGUACAGUAAUGGCUUGGUUUGUCAUGCCUGUCAUGUUAAGGAGGAUUCACAAGUAUGCGUCACAAAAUCCUAUAUCAGUACUUUUGGGAAACUCGACAAAGAAUGAUGUUUCAUAUGAAACUAGCCUCUGGAGCGCAUUGGAGGAUCCUGCGAAAUACCUUAUCACGUUUAUGGCAUUUUCAGAAAUGGCUGGGUUCACUUCACCAAGCAUAUCAGCUUAUCUUCCACAGGCAUGGAGGGGUGCAAUUGUUCUAUCUUUUGUCUGGUUCCUUCAUAGGUGGAAAACAAACUUCAUCACUAAAUCUGCUGCCUCAAGUAUUGAUCAAGCCAGGUUAUCAGCAUUUGAUAAGGUCUCAUCAUUAGGACUGAUUGCACUCGGAAUAAUGGCUCUCGCAGAAGCCUGUGGUGUAGCUCCUCAGUCAAUAUUAACUGUUGGUGGUGUGGGAGGUGUUGCUACUGCCUUUGCUGCUCGAGAUGUCCUUGGUAACAUGCUCAGUGGGUUCUCCUUGCAGUUUUCAAGCCCAUUCAAAGCUGGAGAAUACAUAAAGGCAGGAUCAAUAGAAGGUAGGGUGGUGAAAAUAGGACUGACUUCUACUGAAUUGAUCAAUCCAGAACAGCUUCCUGUCACAGUACCCAACUCUCUGUUCUCCAGUCAGGUGAUAGUGAACAAAUCACGAGCUGAACGGCGAGCCAGUGUGACAAAGAUUCCUAUUAGAAUUGAGGAUGUUGAAAAGGUUCCUGCUAUAUCAGAGGAGAUAAAAGUUAUGUUAAGGUCCAAUCCAAAGGUUGUCUCAGACUCAGAAACCCAAGCUCCUUAUUGCUAUCUUUCAAGAUUGGAAAGUUCAUAUGGAGAGCUCACCAUUGGGUGCAACCUCAAAAAAAUGAAAAAGGAUGAGUGGUUGUCUACAACACAGGACAUUCUUUUGGAGGCUGCUAAGAUUAUCAAGUUACAUGGCGUUGAACUGGGAAGCACCACGCAGUGCUGCUGAUUACGGUGCUUUUGGAAGUUGCAAGUUGGGAGAAUUACGUUAGUCUACACUCGAUAGAGGUACAUAGUUGGUGGUUUUGGAACAUUUCUUCUAAUGCGAUGGCAAAGGCCGUGCCUCAGUCCUUUUGACGUCUCCAGAUUUCAGACCUCGACUCCAUAUACUUUCUGUUAACAGCCUUUUUUGAUCUAAGGUCAAUUUCCAACUCUUAGUUUUCACUUGAUAUAUCAUCCCCUAAGAGGACCAUGGUAAACAUUUUGGUCAGCAUGCUGAUAAUGCGAGUGGGUAGGCCCUUUUCCAUGCAUCUCUUAUAUACAUAUGUAUUUAACUUUUUGCCACUCUUAAAAAUAUACGAUAAUAUAUUUGUCACUCAUUGACACGUGGAUCUUCACGUGUCUAUGACAUGUGACAUGGGUUCAAUAACAAAUAAAUCUAUCUGUUAUGAAAUGGAAGAGUGGUAAGAAAUUAAUUAUUAUACGGACGAUGCAUGAUUGUAUGCUCCCACCAUCUGGCACCACUGCCUGGCUCAAAGCAACAAUAUUGCAGCGUCCCGUUUUUCCUUGGGACUCUAAAAUGCAGGAGCCUAUACAUGCGUGCCGGUCUAGUUUUUGUUUUGAACGCAUCAAUAGGUAUGGUGACACUGUCCCGAGUCAGUGUGUCGGGAGACAACGUCGCCGGUGCAAGCGGUCUACUGCAAAGACGAACACAAGAAACGUCGGUGAUCCUGCUUGCAUGUGCGCACGACGGCCCUCUUAUUGACAAGCCUUUUGCUUUCAUAUCUAUGUUUAGGUCAGAAUCUUGCCUAAAAAAGGGUUUCUGUUAGAACCGGAAGUAUCAUGUCUAUUAAAAGUGAUCACGGCAGUGCAACAUGGAGAUGCAAAAUUUUUUUUCAACGAUUGCAUCAUUAUGCAAAUUAUUUCUCUUUCUAAUGUGCAUGCUGGGAAAUGUUUGUCUAGAACAGGGUCUUGCAAAACCACGGUUACCAUGGCGAUUAUCGUCUGUAUCGCGAGGGGACGAUUUCAAUAUUUGGUUUGGUGCUAGGGUUUGGCAAAUAUUGUGCAAAUUAAAAAAAUAAAAAAAAGUUGA